AUGGACUGUACGACGUGUCGGGUUGUGCGACCUGGCAGGAUCCCUGUAAUCACUGACGCCUCACCAGAGUACACGAGUUGUCAUGUGAUUGGUGGUUACGUUUUCACAAAAAGACGCAAUUAUCAAGCCGUAUGGGAUGGUGCUUUGAUGGAAGAGAAGAAUAUAUGCGUCGACUGUCACAAAUACAUGAAUUCAGACAAGGCGCUGUUGGCCGUUUUGAAACAAUUGUGGUCGUAUGGGCUGGCAUUUCUGUAUAAUGGCCCAUCCUUGAACACGUCUUUGCGUCCGGCAGUUAUACCAAUACAACCCGCAACGACUCCACCCUCGGGCAGGCCAAGGUGUGGUCGUAAACGGAAAGCCGAAAGUCCCGAAGAGAGAGAGAGACCCAAGCGACAGCAGUUGGCUGACCUUGAAGAACAGAAUACGGCUCUGAAAGAAGAGAAUACUGCUCUGAGGGAAAGACAUGCUGCUGAGCUUACGGCUCACAGAGAAGAAAAUGAGCGCCUGGCAAAACGCUCGCAGAACGUACUCCCAUCACCCGAGAUCAUUAUACACCCGCUUGACGGUUUGAACCAUUCAUGCAUGGGUACUCCAAGUCCCUGCAGCGGACCCGAACCAAAUUCUGAUGAUUUGCUUGAUUAUAUUGACCUUGACUACUGGGCAAGUGAUAUGUUAUCCAUGCUUGGGCAAGAUCAAAAAGAUGGAAUUUGCUGA